AUUUCCGCCUCCUAACGCGCAGGCGUGAAAGUGGGGGAGGCGUGGCGGGCGCCAUGGCAACGCGUGGCUGAAGGGGUCCUGCCUCAGGGCUUGGUGUGGAGUGCUGCUUGCUAGAAGGACUCAGCCAUGGCAGGUAAAAGCAGCAAACCCAAGCGUGGCAAAGGCAAAAGCUCCAAAAAGAAGAUGAAGAAGGUGGUGAAGGACGUCGAUAUCCUCAGCUCAGCUGCCAUGCUCAAUGCCCAUUACAUCUGCCAUAAUGUCCCUGCCUGCCUGGAGUUGCGGGGCUUUCCUUGGCCUGGCUCCCCCAAAAAGAAGGGGAAGAGACGAAAGUAGCUGGCUGGAAAGCAAAGGAUGUGAUGAAAGCCAAGCUCCCCCUGAUAAGAAGAGGCUUCUUUGAACUUCAGACUCAUACCAAUAUCUGCAGUGGUUAGCUCAAAUAUUUUGCCAUAACCACUGUUGUGUCCACACAAAGACACUCUUAUUAUAGCUCAAGUUUACAGUGACAAAUGGCAAGUGACACUGGUGCUGUCGUAAUUUCAGCUGUGGCCCUCAGGCCUUAUUUCUGUGCGGAAUAAAACACUGAGUCUCAGCAGUUUGAGGGGGUUGUGGUGGGGUUUGUUUUACCAUCCCACUGCUGUUCUUAUGCAGAUGGAAAGUGCUCCCCAACGUGGGUGUGCCUGCAGUUCUUUCAAUCAGUGCUGGUGGAAACUUGAGCUCAGAUAGCAGAUACCACGCUGAGAUCAUCAGCGUCGAAUACUUCUACAGCAGCUCUGAGAGUCACCUGGUGCUCCCUUUGUGGGUCAGAAGAGCUGCACGAUGCAGUCUGCAUAUCUGGGUGAUUCACCUCAUCCUACAUUUGGGCAGAUAAGCAAUACUUGAAGCCCCACUGAACGUACUGCCAGUUCUCUUUCGGCUGUAGUGAGAUUCUGGAGAUCUAACAGAGAUGCUGGCAGUGAUGCUGUGUUAAGUUAGAGGCGAUGAUGAGCCCCCCCCUACCAGGUCUCUGCUUACAGUAAUCGCUGUUAGUCCGAACAUCCUGGCUGGAAACCACAAGAUUUAUGUUACAGAUCAAAGUUGCUUCGCUCCAUUUCCUCUGUGUCAGUUUAAGGCAGCCCCUGGUGAAGCAGUACAUCAAGUGAGUCUGUGCAUCUCUCCCAGGUUCUUCCAACUAGAAGGAUGCAGUGGGACAAGAGAGGAUGUGUCCUGAACUGACACAGGCUGUGAGAGGCUGCCCUGUGGUUAAUGAAGACCAGCAGACACCUUGAAAUAAGUCUGGAUUUUAAAAUGGGUUGAUUCUC